CUCUUCCCAACUUUCUACUGCCUACCUCCCUCCCAAAGAGACAAGCCUGCUUGAUCAGAACCAGCCUCCAAGUCCACGCAUCGGCCCCAUUCAUUACGGCAGCAGUCUCGAUCAUCAAAAAGGACUCCUGAGAACCCCUGCUAUACUUUUUGGCGCGUCGAAGCGCGUAAUUCGGUGCACAUCCCGCGUCGUCUCUGCAUAUUCACCAUGGCGCGACCUCGAGCAGCGCUGGCGAGCGCAAACGACACCGACGCGUCAAUGCACAACGCAUCUGAUGACGGGAGGAACGGAAAUGACUCCAUGGACGUCGACGAGACUCCAGAUUACACAGACUCCGAGGACCCAAACACGACGGCAAGCAGCGUGGUGGGCGAGCCGACAGUAGACGGGAGGAGGCGACGUGCCGAGGCGAACCAACUGCGACGAAGCAUAUUUGGCAAGAAGCACGACAAGCUGGGUGAAUCACAGGAAGAUGAUUCUGUCCGUCGAUUCCGCUAUUUGCUCGGCCUCACCGACCUGUUCCGCCACUUCAUCGAGACAAACCCCAACCCCAAGAUCAAGGGAAUCAUGGAGGAAAUCGACCGACAGAACGCGGAAGAGCAAAAGGCGAAGAAGGGCGGCAAGCGACAGGGUGGCGCCGGAGCGGAGAGGCGCCGCCGAACCGAAGCUGAGGAGGAUGCUGAGCUGCUCAAGGAUGAGAAGCACGGCGGGUCUGCCGAAACAGUCUUUCGCGAGUCGCCGUCCUUCGUACACGGCGAGAUGCGAGACUACCAGAUUGCCGGUCUGAACUGGCUCAUAUCACUUCAUGAGAAUGGUAUUUCCGGUAUCUUGGCCGACGAAAUGGGUCUCGGAAAGACCCUGCAAACGAUCUCGUUCCUUGGUUACCUGCGGCACAUCAUGGGAAUAACAGGCCCACACUUGAUCACCGUCCCCAAGUCCACCUUGGACAACUGGAAGCGAGAGUUUGCCAAGUGGACACCGGAGGUCAACGUUCUGGUUCUACAAGGUGCCAAGGAGGAACGACAGCAACUCAUAGCAGAUCGUCUUGAGAGCGAGGACUUUGAUGUUUGCAUCACGAGUUACGAAAUGAUCUUGCGGGAGAAGUCCCACUUGAAGAAAUUCGCGUGGGAGUACAUCAUUAUUGACGAGGCCCACCGUAUCAAGAACGAAGAGUCCUCCCUUGCCCAAGUCAUCCGGCUUUUCAACUCACGGAACCGUCUUCUCAUCACCGGAACCCCACUACAGAACAACCUCCACGAGCUUUGGGCGCUGCUCAAUUUCCUCCUUCCUGACGUUUUUGGGGAUUCCGACGCCUUCGAUCAAUGGUUCUCCGCGCAAGAUCGGGACCAGGACACCGUCGUCCAACAACUGCAUCGAGUACUGCGCCCGUUCCUGCUUCGACGUGUCAAAGCAGAUGUUGAGAAGAGCCUGCUUCCCAAGAAGGAGGUCAACCUCUACGUCGGCAUGGCGGAUAUGCAGGUUAAGUGGUACCAGAAGAUUCUGGAAAAGGAUAUCGACGCUGUGAACGGUGCUGGCGGCAAGAAGGAAUCCAAGACGCGGCUGUUAAACAUCGUUAUGCAGCUCCGCAAGUGCUGCAACCAUCCUUACCUCUUCGAAGGAGCGGAGCCCGGCCCGCCUUACACCACGGACGAGCACCUCGUCUACAAUGCUGGGAAGAUGUUGGUCCUGGACAAGCUCCUGAAGCGGAUGAAAGCGCAGGGCAGCCGUGUUCUGAUAUUCUCUCAAAUGAGUCGACUACUCGACAUUCUCGAGGACUAUUGCGUUUUCCGAGAAUACAAGUACUGCCGAAUUGACGGCAGCACAGCACACGAGGACCGUAUUGCUGCCAUUGACGAAUACAACAAGCCUGACUCCGAGAAGUUCGUCUUCCUUCUGACCACUCGUGCAGGAGGUCUUGGUAUCAAUUUGACGAGCGCCGAUAUCGUUGUGCUUUACGACAGCGACUGGAACCCACAGGCUGAUUUGCAGGCCAUGGACCGAGCCCACCGUAUCGGACAGACCAAGCAGGUCGUGGUCUACAGAUUUGUAACGGACAACGCAAUUGAAGAGAAGGUCCUCGAGCGUGCUGCGCAGAAAUUGCGCCUCGAUCAACUGGUCAUUCAGCAGGGGCGUGCCCAAAUUGCAGCCAAAGCAGCAGCCAACAAGGAUGAGCUCCUGUCGAUGAUUCAGCACGGUGCGGAGAACAUCUUCCAGUCCAAGAAGACCGGUGCCGCCCAGGCUGAUGCAGCUGAUGGCAUGACUGACGUCGACAUCGACGCCAUUCUAUCUGCCGGAGAAGACAGGACGAAACAACUCAAUGCAAAAUACGAGAAGCUUGGUCUGGAUGAUUUACAGAAGUUUACGUCAGAGUCUGCUUACGAGUGGAACGGAAAAGACUUCACCAGCACGAAGAAGGAUAUUGGCAUCAACUGGAUCAACCCAGCGAAGCGAGAGAGGAAGGAGCAGAUCUACUCGAUAGACAAGUACUACAAGCAAGCACUGCAGACCGGCGGUCGUACUGCGGAUACGAAGCCCAAGGCACCCCGCGCCCCGAGGCAACUAUCGAUUCAGGACUACCAGUUCUAUCCCGAGAGGUUGAAGGAGCUGCAAGACCGCGAGACAGCCUUCUACCGCAAGGAGAUAGGCUACAAGGUUCCCCUCGCUGACGGCGACGAGGACAACCUGGCAGAGCGUGAAGCCGAGCGAGAGGCGGAGCAGCGCAUCAUUGACGAGGCCGUGCCCCUGACCGAGGAAGAACAAGCAGAAAAGGCGGAGUUGGCCAAGGACGGCUUCGAGGAGUGGAACCGCCGCGAUUUCCAGCAAUUCAUCAACGGCUCGAACUUGUAUGGCCGCAACAACUAUGAAGGCAUUGCCACACACUGCCAGAACAAGAACGCCGCCGAGAUCAAGCAGUACGCGAAGGUGUUCUGGCAGCGGUAUGAGGAGAUUGCGGAUUGGCAAAAACACCUCAAACAUAUUGAAGAAGGCGAGGAGAAGCUCCGCAAGAUCGAGCACCAGCGCAAGAUGCUGCGCAAGAAGAUGUCAAUGUACCGUGUUCCUCUUCAGCAGCUCAAGAUCAACUACUCUGUCAGCACCACGAACAAGAAGGUGUACAGCGAGGAGGAGGACCGUUUCCUGCUGGUCCAGCUCGACAAGCAUGGAGUCGACUCCGAGGGCAUCUACGAAAAGAUCCGGGACGAGAUCCGGGACAGUCCCUUGUUCCGAUUCGACUGGUUCUUCCUCAGCCGCACAUCGCAGGAGCUAGGCCGUCGCUGCAACACGCUCCUCGCGACAAUAGUCAAGGAAUUCGAGGAUGUGCAGCCCAGCCACAAGGGCGCGAACGGGGUCAACGGCAAGCAGAAGAGGGAGGUGGAAGACGAGGAGAACGAUGACGACAGCGUCUCCGGCAUGGCCCCUGCUAAGAAGAAGUCGAAGACGAACGGUGUCAAGAACAAGGCAUUGGACAACGUCAAGUCCAAGGCCAACUCUGCGGCACCGUCCCGUGCGUCAAGCGUUGCUUCCACCAACUCGAACGCUGCUUCGAAAGGCAAGGCCAAAGGUAAAAAGAAGUGAGCAACUGUUCGGGACAGGUGACCUUAAGCAUGUCAUUUGUAACCCUACUGGUGUCAAUGGACCCCGCAGCUUUCCACAGAGAAGGUCUUGCUUGGGUCCCAGGAGUUUAGGAGUUUCUGAUGUGUGGCUGAUGAUACGUCUUGAGUUGGGGUUUUGGGAGAGGAAGAGACGAAAAGUACGACAGCCGAGACAGGCUGGUGCGGCGUUUGGUCUGUCAUUGAUCACCUCUUGUCGAGUGGCUGGAUCAUCAACGUUCUGGUAUUCGGCCGGGCCAUGAAUUGUGAGAUAGAUGACUAGGCAUUACUACAUAGAACUUGUGUGUGCACUGCUCAGAGACGGAUGGAUGCAAAGAAAAAGAAUGCGACGAAUGACUGUUUCAUGAAGUCUUCGAUUCCAUUUUCACUCCACUCAUAGUGUUAUGGACAAUGUAUCUCUCUGCUCUCUUAACCUUCCGGGCGUCGCCUGGGUGGAUCGCCCUUCAAGUAUACCUUACCGGGGCCCUGGCCACCUCGGGGAUACCGUGUGCCUUUUCAUUCAAGAAAUGCCCCCCUUGUCAGCCCAUGCUUCACCGACCGCCCUGGGUAUUCAAUCGCAGGAUGCUGUUCGUAAGGGUGGAAUUCUUCGCAAGACCAACUCCAUACGGUCUUCAGAAGAAAAUCACACCUAAGCAGAACGCAUCCAAGAAAUAAACCCCGCAAAAAAAGCAUUUUCUUUUGCCAGAAACGCCUGCCUGCCUGCCUGCCUGCCU